AUGGAUACCUCUUCGCAUUCUUUUGGUGGUAGGAUGUCUGGUCGGGAGGACGAAACGAGCUUGAAUUUGACGGAGACGGUUACUUCGACGAAUAUGGCCUCCGAGGUUGAUCGCCGUCUACAUGACGUGGGGGUUGCUGCUCUUGCUGCUGUGGCCCAAUUUCCACGUCCUGUGAACAAUCAAAGUGAUUCUUUUAUUGUGUCGGAAGUCGUCAAUGCCGUGACUAGUGCUGGUCCUUUCGAACCUCGAAGUAUGAACUCAGGGGUUUCUUCGGGACGACGAGGACCUCAUCAACAAGCUGGCACGGGCACGGCUGGACCGGAGUUUGUCUUUGGUUCAAAUCUGGGUGGUGGCGAUGUGGAUGUGGAAGCGAUUCUUCAGAACUUCAUCCAACGCACCGAGGCCCGACAGAAUGCUUUCGCGACGGACAGCGGAUAUGACGAUAGUCAAAAAGACAUGAUUAUGGAUUAUGAGUCGGCGACUAUGGAAGACACUGCGUCACCCACGCACACGUCCGAUAAUGAGCUUGAAGACUUUCUUCAAUUCUAUCCGGAUGAGGAGGAAUACUACUAUAAGCGCAAGCAACGGCCUGCGCCCGACGCUGAAAUGACGGAUUACGAUCUUGAUGAUUUCUACAACAGCAUCAACUAUGAAGAACUUGAAAUGGAUCUUCCACAAACGCUUGGAGUGUCUAUGGCGGACGCUUUCGAGAAUCAUUUCGCCGAUCCACUGGAACUCCCUGGACCACAUCCGGCAUCUAUCAUCCACACUUCCACAUACGAGCGGAAUCUCACUAUUGAUGAAUUCAUCCAACGCUGGAUGGUCUCCAUACACCCCCUUCCGCAAGGCUUUCACACCGAAAGCCGAAUACCGCCACAAUUGCGCCCGCUGUCGAAAAUGAUUAGCUGGCAACCUCCGCAGGAAACGGCUCGGCCGCACAACUGGAGACGCGAUUUCUAUGAUCUGCAGCAGAUUCCGUGGACAGAAACUUUACGUGUGACACGGUCUGAUGCACGGGCGGUCCGCGAUGCAUGGUAUACCUCGUAUCACAAUCUGGACUACUCGCAGGUGGGCCAUGCAAAACGUCUUCCGGCGCAUGAAACCUUCUUCCGAGAAAGUUCCAUGCAUACCUCGCACAAGGCAUCCAUCGAGCAUUUUCAGCUUCGCAAUUUGAUGUCGACCCCAGCACACAACACCGUACACUAUGCCUCCCGCUCAAAGAUAUUCUCAUGGACCCCCAGCACCGGCGAUGCGCGGUGCUUGAUUGAUAUGAGCCAGGCCGACCCAGAGUCAGGAUUUCUCGAUCCCGUCAAGAUCUCCACUAUGAAAACCGCGCACGGCUUAACGAUAGCAGGGGGGUUCUGCGGCGAAUACGCCGUAUGCAGCUCAAAUGGAACCGGCCCCAGCUUCAAAGGUCUCGUCACCCCAGACUUCAACGAUGGCAUCACCAACCACGUCGACAUAAUCCCCAACCGCACCGGCCCCUCACCAACCGGCGUCUUCGCCUCCAACGACAAACACCUCCGCAUCCUCGACACGGAAACCAACAUCUUCACCUCCGACCAAGAACUCUCCCAACCCAUAAACUGCACCGCCACAUCCCCCGACAGUCGUCUCCGCGUAGUGAUAGGCGACUCCCCAGAUGCCUGGAUCAUCGAAUCCGACACCGGCCGCCCCGUCCACCCCCUGCGCGGCCACCGCGACUUCGGCUUCGCCUGCGCCUGGUCACCAGACAUGCGCCACAUCGCAACCUCCAACCAAGACAAAACGGUCAUUAUCUGGGACGCGCGCACCUGGCGACCCCUCGAAACCAUCGACUCCGACGUCGCCGGCUACCGAUCACUGCGGUUUUCGCCUGUCGGCGGCGGCCCGCGCACUCUCCUCUGCACAGAGCCGGCGGACCGCAUAUCCAUCGUGGAUGCGCAGCUCUACCGCUCGCGCCAGGUGCAUGAUUUCUUCGGCGAGAUCGGUGGUGCGGAUUACUCGCCUGACGGUGGGGAGAUCUGGGUUGCUAAUACUGAUGCGCAUUUUGGUGGGUUUAUGAGGUAUGAGCGCAGGCAGUGGGGGAGAAGGGUUGGGUUGACGGAUUUGCCGAGUGAGUGGGCUACUGAGGAGGAGUUGGAGGGCGAUUCGAGGUGUGUUUUGGGGAAGAGGGAGAGGGAAUUGAGGUUUAUGAGGGGGUUGUCGGAUGUGGAGCAUGAGUCUUUGAUUCUUUAG